AUGGAAUAUGCAAUUACCUCACACAACAUUGAUUUUGUUACAUUUUUGAUGAAUGAGCACAAAAUAGAGAUCAACUUAAAUUAUUGCGGAAAACAUAAGAAUCUUGAAUCAUUUUUAGUUUAUUUCGAUCAAACUAAUGAUAUAAACAAAUGUUUUGUUUAUACACCUCUAUUUAAUUUUCCAUCCCUUUGCGAAUAUUUCCUAUCACUUGGCGCAUAUAUCAAUGAAAAAGAUAACAAUGGAAGAACCGCACUUUAUAAUGUAGCAUUGAAUAAUAAUAAAGAAAUUGCUGAAUUUCUUAUUUCACAUGGUGCCAAUAUCAAUGAAAAAGAUAACGAUGGAGAAACCGCACUUCAUCAUGCAGCAUUGAAAAAUAGUAAAAAAGCUGCUGAAUUUCUUAUUUCACAUGGUGCGAAUAUCAAUGAAAAAGAUAACUGUGGAGCAACCGCAAUUUAUAAUGCAGCAUUGAAUAAUAAUAAAGAAACUGCUGAAUUUCUUAUUUCACAUGAUGCAAAUAUCAAUGAAAAACAUAAUAAUGGAGAAACCGCCCUUCAUAUUGCAGCAUGGUAUAAUGAUAUAAAAGCUGCUAAAUUUCUUAUUUCACAUGGUGCCAAUAUCAAUGAAAAAGAUAACGAUGGAAGAACCGCACUUUAUAAUGCAGAAUUGAAUAAUAAUAAAGAAACUGCUGAAUUUCUUAUUUCACAUAGUGCCAAAAAAUAA